UUCUCGCCCUCAGCGGUCGAUUUUUUUGUCGUUUGCUCGCCAUCUCGCAGGGGGGGGGGGGAUCCGGCCGGCGAUACGAAAUGGAGAAAUGUUAUGACCCUCGCGACACGACGCUCAGGUUUGUGGACAGAGAGGAUGAGCUGGAUUUUUUGUGCGAAGGUUUCAAGUCUCGUAGGGCGCUGAUGUCCUGUGGACAUGCCGUCACCCCGAUGUCUCUCACCAACUGGUGCCGCCGUUUGCUGAACCAGUGUCCCGGAUGCAGAUCCUCCAUGGUGAGAAAGGUUGAGUCUAAUCUGAACGUCCGCUGCCCAGUGUGCACACGGAACAAGGGAAAGACCUAUGAAUUCUGCUGGCAGUGUUUGAGGGAAUGGAAGGGUCCGGCUCCACGGUCAGACCGCUGUCAAAAUGAAGGCUGCUUCAACGAUACAGUAAAAUUACUGAACGCCUGUCCCGACAUCAUCUUUGAGUCUGUGAAGGGGGUCAGCGGCUGUCCCUCCAUCCGUGCCUGUCCCACCUGUGGCUUACUGGUGGAGCACAACAAAAAAAAAUGUAAAAACAUCAUCUGUCCCCAAUGUAUGGUGGAGUUCUGCUUUGUGUGCCUGAAACUCACUGAAAAGUGUCAAUCGUAUUUCAGUUGCUCCAGUGGUGUAGCCCCUAGACAGACCUCUAUACCUGUGUGGAAGAAGAUAUAACAUAAAAAACAUCAGAACAUAAGUGCUUUGGUUUCUCUUGAUGUGUCUUUUCUCAAGUAAUACAAGUGCACCAUUGCUGUAUUUUCCACAUUUUCUGUGGUUUUGAAGAUCUGAAAUCUUAUCUCUUAGCAGAAACAUCUGUCUGGCAAAUGUAAUCAACUUUGUGUUCUGUCUGUGAUAAACUGGCAGCCAGAUGUGACCAUCUGGUGCUCGCCUGAAUGAUAAGGUUGACAGUUGUGACGUAUUAUUAAUUCAUGAAUUUAAAAUGAGAUGGGAAAUCUACCCUAACUAGUUUUAAUGUUGUGGCUGAUUGGUGUAUCCACAUUCUCUCCUAUAUCUGAGCUUACUGCUGUAUACAGAGACGAGGUAUGUGAGAGAAGUUUUUUUUUUUUUUUUUUUCUGUAACAAUUAUUUUUCAAAAAACUUCUUGUAACUGCUGGGUAGAGAAACUAAAAGUAGAAAGAGAAAAAAAAAAUCUUGGUGUAGUCAGAGUGUUUAUUGCUUCUGUCGACGGACCAGAGAGAUACAACUCUGCACUAAAAAUUUAAACUAGCUAUAUAGCAUAUUGUCACACUGUGCAUCUCCUAAAUUCAUGUUUGUUGUAUUUAAUUUCCGUAGCUAAUGGCCUUAAUAAUCUGAUGUGUCAAUUGGUUAUCCUAAUUAAUUCAGCUCAAGUAAUAGCAUGCAUUUAAUGUCACUUUGUUGAUAUGCAAUGAAAGACGUGGAUAUGUCAUGUGCAUUACAAAUAAAGGC